UACCACUGCUUCGAGAGUGAUUUUAGCAUUUGAGCGUUAAAAAAAAUUACUUUUUUUUAAUAAAUGUAACCAGAAACUGCUCUAUUAGUACAAUGUGAUCAUUCACACGGACGCACAUGAGGUAAGUUUUUGAGGUUUCUGAGCUCUUUCGAAACUUUCUAUUUCUGAGAGACCGCUUUAAGUCAGAUUAGCCUCCAGCUAACUAGUUAUUCAUACACUCAUCACAAACAGCGCAGCAGAAUCGCUCCAGGGGCUUUUGUCGGAAUUAACCGGUGUGAAUUAAACAGUGUUGUUUAUUUAGUCAGUCGACAGCACCGCUGUAUUUAUAAUAACUUGUUACCAGUUUAAUUCAUCACCAAUAUCGUUAUUUUAAUUCGACGCUAUUUUUGUGAUGAAAUGUCUCAGUCGGAAACGGCUGUGCCUUCGCCAGAGCUGCGCGAGAGCCUGCAGGUGUCCAGUCUGACGCUCCUGGUCCUCGUGCUCAUUCCCUGUGUCGUUUUGCUGCUGCUGUUAAACUGCCUGUUGCUGGGAUACAAACUGCUUCUGUUUGCGAGGAGAAAGAGAGCGCGCUACGGUUCCGAGAGCGUACUUUUGAAUUCGUCAUCGUCGCUGUCCACACGCCAGAGAAUCGCCCGUUUUACCGACGACCCAUCCUUCGGCCCUGCACGGAAAACUAAAUACGCGUCCGUGUCAGAGCCGAUGCUGGCGCCGCCGAUCACAUCGUCCCUCACCUCAUCUGCGGAGCGGAGGGCUGCGUGCGGCCAGCGCUGCAGGUCCGAGGCUCUCGCGCGACCGGACGGUGCUACCUAUGCGGGUUCGGGUUCGCUCCGCGUGCCCAGCACGCUACUGGGGGCCAGCGGGUCGCGCGGCUCGCGCGCUUGGCGAAGGAGUGCUCCGGUGAUUUUACAGUCCAGCGACUCGGAAAUGGAGCGCGAGAAUGUCGCACCACCAAAUUCUCCAGAGCAGCUCGUGACGCAGAGCACGCAUGGGUCAUCACCUGUGAUGAUACGCAGGAGUAGCAUUGUAGAGCUGGAGCUGAUCUCCCUCGAUAAGGUCCACCUGGAAGGCGAACUCGUCAGUAGCAUCCCACAGGAGACCUCGUGCUUCAUAGCAUCCACAAGCACCUCAGCUGCAGGGCCUGGCCUGGAUAGUGACUUCGGUGCCAGUGCAGGUGUGUCUUUGCGCAUCCUGUCGGCGGACAGCGACGGUUUUCCAGGGGCGACCUGGGCAUCUGGUCUUGAAUGGGAUUAUUACGACCCUAGUUACGUCACGCAGAACCACGUUCCCAAACACAGACACCAUGCACCGCCCAUCACAACCAAACAAUACUGGGUCUAAUAUGCAUCGUUCUCCAGCUAUGUAACCAAAGAACUGUAUAGUUUUAAACUCCUUGACACAUAGAACCCCUGACACCUUAUCCACAUGUAUACUUGCACAGUUCACUUUCCUGAACUGCAGGAUGUUUUUGUUUAAAAGAAUCACUCACUUGUUCAUGUGUUUAUUGUGCACUUGUUUUCCACUGUAUGCACUCAUAUGUUAUUGGUGUGCAUGUAUUGUCAUUCUCUACGUUAAGCUCCUGUAGUUUGGGUUCUAGAGCACAUUUAUGAACACAAGCACUUGCAAUGAUCAGUUGACACUGUGUACAUCACCUUAUAUUUUGUCUAAAUAAAACAUUUUAUACUAUUGAUCAGUAACUAGAAUAUGAGGAUGGAAAACAACCACCACCAGAUUGAUACAGGCACAUGCAGAACAUGUCCUUGAACAAACUGCUUUAAAUAAGGAUGUGUUUCAGUGAACACUUUCCAGAAGUCAAGGACCAUUGCAGCACUGAAGAUUGGCAUUUUAAGUAACCUCAUUCAGAAUGAGGAAUCCUACCUCAGCCAUGUUUUAUUAGUGGUGGCACAAGUUAAUAGCCAUAAACAUUAAAUCUCACUUCUUACUCAAUGGAGGUUUAAGGUGUGCAUAGAAGUUUGUUAUUGUACCCAUUAUAUUUUCAUGAACUUGGAACCAGUUCCCAAAAAUAGUUAUUUCAACUACAGCAAUAUUAUCCAGAAUAAAACAUUUAAAGAGGGUGUUGAACACAAUCCACCUUAGUCAAUGUGCUCUUGUGCACAAAC